GGACAGCCAGGCCACCGCGCAGGCAGCGAAGCCCGGGGAAGCCCACGCCCCGCCUGCGCCUCCGAGGCUCGCCCUGGGAGUGGGAUUGGCCCCGCGGCGGCGCCGCCCAGGCAGAGGCGAGCCCUCGGCGCUCGGAGCCCGGAACCCGCAGCCGCGGAGAGCCAGGGCAGCGGCUGGAGCGCGGGGGCGCGGCCCGAGGAAGCAGCAGAGAGCCUGGGCCGGCGGGGGAGGGCGACGGGCGCGAGCAGCCCGCGGCGCCGCAGCGGAGGAGACUUCGCGGGAGACAAAGCCCAUCGAGAGAGACGCGAUGCCCAGCCGGCGCGGGCGCGGGGGCCGCGGUGUCUGAGCGCGCCGAGCCGUGCGCCCCGGGUACUCCAAGCCCAGGCCGGUGCCGGCGGCUGAGGGCGGCAGGCGGGGCCCAGGUGCGCCUGCCCGCGUCGGGCCCGUAACUGCUCGGGAGGGCGGGGGGCGGCGCCCUCCCGCCGCAGCCGCAGUGGCCGGCGCCGCAGCGAGGAGCCAUGGGCAACAUCUCCUCCAACAUCUCGGCCUUCCAGUCGCUGCACAUCGUCAUGCUGGGCUUGGACUCGGCCGGCAAGACCACGGUGCUCUACCGGCUCAAGUUCAACGAGUUCGUGAACACCGUGCCCACCAUCGGCUUCAACACGGAGAAGAUCAAGCUGAGCAACGGCACGGCCAAGGGCAUCAGCUGCCACUUCUGGGACGUGGGCGGCCAGGAGAAGCUUCGGCCGCUGUGGAAGUCCUACAGCCGCUGCACGGACGGCAUCAUCUACGUGGUGGACUCGGUGGACGUGGACCGGCUGGAGGAGGCCAAGACAGAGCUACACAAAGUGACCAAGUUCGCCGAGAACCAGGGCACGCCGCUGCUGGUCAUCGCCAACAAGCAGGACCUGCCCAAGUCGCUGCCCGUGGCGGAGAUCGAGAAGCAGCUGGCGCUGCACGAGCUCAUCCCGGCCACCACCUACCACGUCCAGCCGGCGUGCGCCAUCAUCGGCGAGGGUCUCACCGAGGGCAUGGACAAGCUGUACGAGAUGAUCCUGAAACGCAGGAAGUCCCUCAAGCAGAAGAAGAAGCGGUAAUGCUCCGGGCGGCGACGUUACGGAGCUAGGCGCGGGGAGCGAGCGAGUCCGGAAUGAAUGAAUGAAAGGCUGUGUGGCCCGCGCGCCCGCGAACAAAGACAGCGAACCAAAGCGACGCUUCGAAUUUUUAAAGCGGAGUCUCUGCACCCACAUGCAGGACUGGUGACUUAACCUGGCAGGGCCAGAAGUUCAGGCUCCCCCGCCCUCAUUGGGGAUCACACCUGUGAGCUACCUGAGGUAUGCGGUUCCCAGAACCCCGGGAGUUCCCAACUGGGGGCACGGUGGCAGUGGGAGGUGCUGGGGGAACAGCCUCUCCUUGGGCUAUGAAACCUGGAUAAUUUUAUGUCACAGGGCAGGACCCUGUGAAAAUCCAUUUGCCCUGCUCUGGGCCCAAACGAGGUGGUGGUUUGGGCCAUCAGAGGACUGCGUGGAACAGUACCGCAGCUGGAAGGCGCGGGGCGCUGCGCUGGCCUGGGCUGGGGGAUGGCCGCGAAGAACGCCCCUUUCCUGGUGCUUUGUGGUAGCUUCAGAAGACCAGUUUUGUUGAGAACUGCUUUUCAGCCUGGAAUCAGACAUCUUCCAGAUGGUUUGGACCCUGUCCAUGUGUAGGUCAUUAUCACACAAAGAGACCAAUAAAAAAAUUACAAACAAGAAACUGUUGGAGGUGGUGGCAAAUGAUGCAUUUACUCUUUGCAGAAUAGUUAAAGGUGUUUAAAGGGUAAGGCUCCUGACGUCAGUGCUGGAUGGGGUGUGUGUAGAUACAGUGCUGUGUAAUCGGCAUACAUUUCUAGACCCAUAUGUGUGGAAUCUUCAAUUUUUUUUUUUUAGCCUGCUGAUUGGUUUGUGUGAGCACACCAGCUGCAGAUGUGUGCUGAAUGACAAGCGGGUUUUGGCAAGGGAUGUGUCUUGUAAUCCUAACCGCUUGAUGAUGGGUUAUGGUUUUCAGACAUUAUUUUUUUUUGUCCUUAAAAAAAAAAUAUGCUACGAAUGAAUACUCCCCAUAGAAAUACUCAAUUUAGGGGAAAAAAAGACUUUGCCUUUUUAGAUCCCUUUACGCUGCAAGUGGCGACAUGUUCAAAUUUCUAAUCUGGUUCAUUGUGGCCUAUCUGGUUUAAGUAUUUUCAUUGCAAAUGUCUCAUUAGAGUAUUUGAUGUUACACACCGACAGACAAAAGCCCACCUUGUUGCAAAAGCCGACCUCAUUGCAUGGAUUUCAAGGCGAGGGAAAAGCACAAGGAGGUCCUUCCUGAUUCCUGCUUGUGGAAACUGGUUGCAGAGCAAAUGCAGACACGGUGAGCGCUUGGGAUGAAAGAAAGCAUGUGACGUAAUCGUCACCUGUCCUCAGGCUCCUCACAGUUUACUUGAAAGAGGCUUUGGAAAUAAAGUGAAAGAAGAAGAAAUACCUAUUUUUAAUAAUGUAAUUUAAAAAAUCCUUUAUAAUCAGGACUGAGUCUUGGUUUGCAGAAGCUGUCAUUCACCCCCAAACACAGUAUCAAAAGGGAAACUUAUACUUACUGUAUGAUUUUGAUUUCUUCUUUAAAUCCAUGUUUACAGGUAGGAUUAUGUUCCCCCCAUCCACGAAUAAUGAUAAAUUUCUUGUGUGAAAGAGGCCUUUAGAAAUUGGGCAUGGUCAUGCGUGAGCAUGUGAGAUAGUCAAAUUAUAAAUCCAUGCCUAUAAAUAAAUCCCUGCACUCAAAGUGAAUUUAAGAACCAGAGGUAGUAGUCCUGGCUUCCUGCUUGAUCCAGUUCCCCUAUGAAGUAUUUUAAAAGAAGAAACCUAGCAGUCCAUCUUCCUUUUCUCUUUUGUCAGUGUAUUUGGUACCCCUCCAACCUGGUCUUUUUGUAGAAACUCAGUAGAGGAAAUAGAGCUGAGCAGUGUUGAAAAGCCUGCAAGGUUUCAGUUUACAUAUCGACAGCGUAGUCACUGAUUUCUAAAUGGGCUGGUCCCGUCAUCUGAAGAUCCUGUAUAGAAUUAUUAAAAGAAAAAAAAAUCCAUCUUUCUUUAUUUUCUUCACAUGCAACAAUUUCUUAAGCACUUUGACAUUUUGGUAGUUCCACACUAUUGAGAGAAUAAUAUAUUUAUUUUGUGACAUUGCAGAUGCCAAAUACUGUAACCUUCUCAUGCUGACGAUAUUUUGGUCCAAGAUCACUGUUCAGAUCCUGUCAUGCUUUACCAAUGAUGCAAAAUGAUUUUUUUUUUUUUUUUGCAUUAUCAGUACUUAAGGGUGCGGUCAACUGUUAGUAAUUGUGCAGUAAAGCUCUGUGGUGUAUCAACCAAUAGUUAAGAGUCUCAGUUGAUAUCUGUAGUGUUUGCCCUAAUAAUAGCCCAUUUCGUCUCUGACCAAUGGGGGAGGAAGCACAGGCUAAAUUACCUUGGAGUGGUCACCUGGGAGAUCCCUCCAGUGUCGCUGUCAGUGAUUUAUUAUGCCUCCUGCUCUUUGGAGAACGAAUGGGGUCCACGCAGAGGACCUUGGCCUCCCCACAGGAGCUUUUCAAAUGUUUUCUGAUAGACACAGGGAGGCCAGCUUUGUUUCACAACAGUUCUCUUCGCAGAUUCUCUGUCAUGGUGUUGGGACUAUGUCUCCUGGUUUGUUUCCAUCCCUACUGCUGUAAUUCUUUGUCCUGAUCAUCCCGCUCUUUGGGUUCCCGUUUCCUUUUAUAUGCGUAUAUGAUGCUGUGAACAGAAAUAAAUUAUUUAUACAAUCAAACGUUUGGGGAAAUCA